AUUGCCUAUUUCAGCCAGAUUAUCCUGAUGAUAGCAGAUGACAUGGCAUGUAAUCCUAGAAAUCCAAGGCCAGCUAUGGUGUUCAAUAAUGCCAAUGAACAGAUCAAUGUGUAUGGCCAUGACGUGGAAGUGGACUACAGGGGAUAUGAGGUGACGGUUGAGAACUUCAUCAGAGUAAUGACUGGACGGCUUCCUCCCAGCACCCCACGCUCCAAACGACUCCUCUCUGAUGACAGAAGUAACAUUUUAGUCUACAUGACUGGUCAUGGUGGUGAUGGUUUCCUGAAGUUCCAAGAUGCAGAAGAAAUCUCCAGUAUUGAGCUUGCUGACGCCUUUGAACAAAUGUGGCAGAAACAGAGGUAUCACGAGGUGUUAUUUAUAAUUGACACGUGUCAAGCAGAAUCCAUGUACCAGAAGUUGUACUCCCCCAACAUACUGGGUGUGGCUAGCAGCAGAGUGGGGGAGGACUCCUUGUCUCACCAUGUGGACUCUGCUAUUGGUGUCUAUGUUAUAGAUAGAUACACAUACUAUGCUCUGGAGUUCUUGGAGAAAGUGACCCCAGAAAGCAAGAAAACUCUUAGUCAAUUCUUAAAAGUGUGCCCAAAGUCUGCCUGUGUAUCCACAGUGGGUGUGAGGACGGACCUGUUUCAGCGGGACCCUAAGAAAGUGCUGGUGACAGAUUUCUUUGGCAGUGUGAGGAACGUGGAAUUGUCACCAUACACUGUGACACUGAAUGAUACUGGUGAUACUGGUGAUAGUACAGCGUCUGACAGGGAAACUUGCAGUGCUGAUUCCUGUGCUCCGAAAAAGAAAAUACAAAGGAAAAAGAUGUCAUAUGUCGACCAGUUUCCGGUAGAACAGUUUUUAAAGAGGAGGUGAUAUUAUUAGGAGGCAUAUUUGAAUAGUUUAACGGGAAAUAUGAGUACAGAAAGCAGAGAUGAGAGCAGAUAAAUAAAACAUGAACCAGUUCUGAAGUAAGAUCAUAAGUCAUGGUGCAGUUGAGUUCUUCGAAAGGACGGAGAUUGACUGUAACAGAUUUUCAAGUGAAAUUUGAAGACUCUGUGUCAGAUUUUGUUGGAAAUUCUCCGUAAUUUGCAUGUUCAUUGUCUCUGUGCCACCCUGCAAAGUCCGUUGUCAUCAUCACUGAGGUGAAAAGAGAGCCAACAUGUUAUGCAGAUUUUUUAUGUGCAAUAUUUUUAUAACAAAACUAUGUAAAGAAAAGUAUCUCUUUUUAAUCAUAUUUUACUACAGGUUGUUGAAUUGCUCAUGAACCUAGAACGGUGACCAGGACAAUUAUAUUCAGUAUUACAGUGAACCAAAUAUGAAGACGAUACGAUCACAUGAUUUGCGUAGGAUAAUUAAUUCAAAGCAUAAUCUAUGCACUUGGCUUCUGGGAGUUUUUUCACUUCGGCCGCACACGUAAGUUAAUCACUCCUUAUCUGCUCCAGGAGGCCCGUCAUUCAGCUAAUCUGAUUGUACUCAGCGAGAGUCACUGCAGAGUUGAAUCUAUCUGCGUAGAAAGAUAUUGUCAUUGACAUUGGGAACACCCUAAGAUAAGGAUGUCCGGGUACUCAUAGGUGUACUUGGUUCAGACUGAUUAUUUUCUGUAUAAUUUAAAUAACUUUUCUUAUUCAGAUCAGUAGCAUAUAACCAGAGAGUCUGACAGAACUAACCUCAGGUCGUACAUGUACAAAGUGAUAAACGUGAACCAAAAAUAAAGACCCGAGAAAUGGAAAAUGAAGGGGAUAUAUUAAGGGAAAAACUUUUUGUAUCAGGUUACCCAUAUUAUGUCAUUCUAAUCCAUCUCAUCUCCGAAAACGCAAAUAAAUUUAUUGCCCUAUUAA